CUCAGCUUCCUUUCUUUCAUUCAGUGAUUCGGAAAGGAUACGAAAAAAUCAUUUUUUUAUACUACUACUUUUACAAUUAUACUUACAAUUUAACUAAGAAGUCAUGUGAUUAGCAAUACCUAGUGUAAUUUCGCAUUUACAGGUUCUUUUAGUGUAUAUUUUAAGUCAUAUCAUUUAGUGUUUUGUUAGGUUAUAAUCAUACUAUGGAUUGGAACUAAGAUUUAUUGUUUUAAAUUUUUUAUAUCUUAAAACCGUGUGAAAUCAUGGAUUUUGUGAAAAGGGAAGAUCAGAAUGUCAUGGACGACGAAAGUUACAAGUUCUACAUCGAAAGCCUGCAAAGGUCACAUCAGAUCGAGCCAACGGACUACCAGCAUUCAGCAAUAUCGAUGGAACAACUCCAUCAAGCGAUGCAAUCGUCAGUAGCGAGCACAAUCGUCCACAACCUAGAACUACCUCUUUCUCCCCGACAAAUAUCAUCAUUAAUGCUAAAAACUAACCAUUUACAACGAAACAUAAAUUUCAACGAAAUACCCGCACAUUUACAACGAAAUAUUACUUCUGAAUUGGAUCUAGUGCAUAAUUUGAACGAACUACCUCAGAAUUUGAAUAGGCAUGACGAUUUACUAGGACAAAAUCUUAGCAGGAAUCUAGAUUUGUCUUUAAGAUCGUUAGGAUCCGAUUUGGACUUGCAAAACAAUUUGAGUCAACUAGCGCAGAAUUUGAACGAGAAUUUAAGCGCUGAUUUGAGCAGAAUAAAUGACAUGAGGACGGAUAUACCUCACGAUUUGAGCCAUGAGAUAGAUUUGUCUCAUCAUUUAAAUAGGCCGAAUAUGGAUCAGGAGAUUUUGGGCCAAGAUGAGACGAGACGGACUCCGAUUGUCAUGCAAGACCCCCACAUGUUGGAUCAAAGUUUGGCGCCAAGAUUGGUUGGUGCUCCGAUGAAUGUUCACGAACGCUUGGACCAACAAGAACACAUGUUGCCAAUGCCAUUCCAUAUUAAAUCUGAGCAAGAGGAUGAUGGGUAUUUUUAUGAGAAUAUCAAUCCUGCUAUCAACACUGUUCCAAGUUUAAAUGGUCUUCCUCCCGACCACACGCAACCUCAACAAAACGUUCAUCCGGACAACCAAAUGUACGUAUAUAACACACAUUUAAACGUUCCAGCACUAAAUUCCAUAGACCUAUAUUCUAGAUCCCAAAAUUACGUUCAAAACUACACAAAUAUUAGAGAGAAUCCACAAAAUCUAGUCGUACAUAGGCAGUUUGAAAACUCAAGCCCUUACCAAGAAGAUUUUAAAAAGUUACGCCAAGAUGGCGGCUUGAAUGGCGCAAAAGAGAAAUGUGAGGAGCCCAAAGAGAAUUUAAAACCGACGGACGAAAAUAAAUUGUACUAUUCCGAGUAUAACCAGAAUUUUACGGAAGCGAAAAAUGAGAAUGAUUCUAGUGUCCAAAAUAAGAUUACUGAGGAUAUAUCAAUGAAUAUAAAAGGGCAAUAUAUCUGUUAUAAAUGUAACGAAGUUUUUCCCUCAAAAAGGGGGUUGAAACACCAUUCGAAAUCGUGUUCCGAAAAUGAUCAAUUAGUGGAAAAAGUUGGGAAAUUUAGCUGUAGUCAAUGCGCAUAUAGAUGUCAAUCUCCGGCGAUCUUAAAGAUUCAUGAACGGACUCAUUCCGGCGAAAAACCAUUUUCUUGCACGUUCUGCGAUUACAAAUCUGGUCAAAAGAAUAAUGUGGCUAAACAUAUCUUAGUUCAUAUGAAAGAGAAACCGUUUAGAUGUCAAUACUGUGACUAUAGAUGUGCCCAGAAAAAUAAUUUAGUCGUUCACGAGAGGACGCACACUGGAUACAAGCCAUUCGCUUGUCCAUUCUGCGAGUACCGAACAGUCCAAAAACCAAAUUUAGUUAAACACAUGUAUUUGCAUACGGAUCAGAAACCUUUUAGUUGUGAUAUGUGUUCCUAUAGAUGUGUCCAGAAGACGAAUUUAACUAAACAUAAACAGAGGCACUUGAAUGAGAAGGAAGGUGAUAAAAUGGAUAUUAAGAACCAAAGUAAACCGUACCGACCUCGACAGAAGUCCGUCAAAUGCCCCCACUGUCCGUACCGCUGCGUACAAAAAUCGAGUAUGGAGAAACACCUCCAAUUCAAACACGGGACUCAAGACGAUUUUGAGAACGGUCUUAACCUUAUGAAGAGUCCAGAGGACGCGGAAAGUAUAAAUUUGAGCGUGAAAAAAGAUUUUGAGUGCCAACAGAAAGAUAGUGUAAGUGAACCUUCAUAGUUUUUAAUUUUACGGAGCUUUUUAUGUGCGAAAACGUGAUUGUAGUAAAGUCUAUUGCAUUUUUUGGACAUACUUUACACUUGGAUUUUCUUCUAUAAGGUGGUUGCUUUAUUACAUACACAUCACACUCUGACCUACAACAACAAUUUU